AUGGAAUUCAAUGGGAGGGGAAUACAACAGCUUGGAAAAUGUGCAAGAAUCCAAGAACAAAAUGAUGAAGUUCAGAUUGAAUUGGUAGAAUUUGUGAGCAAUCACAUGUGGCUUCAUUAUUUCAAGUUCCAGAUUAAUGCUAUAGAUGUGGUAGGAAGUAUGUAUGUGGUAGGAAUAAAGAUUGGUUAA